GUCUUUAUAUUUCUCCACAAUGUUGUAUACAUUUUUCAAUCGAAUAACCCAAUCUUUACUCAAUUGUCAUGGAAACGGAGAAUCCGAGUCAUCAAUUAGCUAUUGCCAAGAGAAAUGACCACUCCGAACCAACAAAAAUUCCCGGUGUCCGGUAAAUCAAUCGUUUCAACUCAAACUUGUUUCAUUCCUUUUCUUGGCUUCCCCCUCCCCAUUUUUUCUACUCUUGCUUCAUCGGCUUUUUCGCCGAACUUUCGGCACUCUCCCCCCCUCACUUAAUUUUUUUAGGAC